CGCCUCCGCUUCUGCCCUCCUGCGUGGAGGCAGGUGACUGGGCGGAGGCGGCGACGUGUCUCCUCCCACCGCCGCCGCCGCUCCAUGCCCUCCUUCCCACAGCCCGGGGUCGCCUGCGCUGUCCUUCUUUGCCGAGCACGGGAGGCGGCGGCGGCAGAGGAGGCAGCAGCAGAUAGCAGCUGCGGCAGCCGUCCCUCCGAGCCUCUCCCCCGCUGUCCGAGCUCGGAGGAUGGAGGGGCCCGAUGAGCCCUUCGCUUGCCCCCUUCGCGACGGCAGCUCUUUUUGGAAGAGAGGGGCAGCAUGGCUUGGCUAAACUGGGGAGGGGGCUCAGCCGGUGGGGCCGGCGGCGGGUCUCGUGAAGGGCCCCCCUUAACCUUUCCCCUCGCAAUUCAAGCGCCGCUACUUCCCUCCCCUCCUCCCCGCAUUUUUUAUUUUUUUCAAGAGACGGGCAGGCCACAUAGAGCGAGCCUGGCUGUCUUGCAAGGGGAAGAGUCUGCAUUGCAGAACCUCGGCCUCUUGUUCUCCCCGGCCCUCCUUUGCCUCUCGCAGCUGCUGCUCGGAAAUGCCUUCCUGAGCCGCGAUGCUUGGGACGAGCAGGGAUUCAGGGCAGUCUCUCAACUAGCCAAGCCAGGUGAUGGGUGAGGCAGGGAGCAACUACUUAUGCCCCGCACUGAUGAAGGUCUCCUGGAGCUGUUGAGCAUCAACCCUCUAAGAUUUUUAGGAGACUGAGAAAUAGAGCCACAGUAGAAGAUAAUAGCAAAAUAAUCUGCAUAGUCAUGACUGGAGCCACCAUUUUCAAAAGCAGUGUGUCACUGAAUACCACCUACAUGGGAGGAAGAGAAGGCUAUUGCCUCCAAACCCUACUUUUCGGCUAUCUGGAAGUUGUUCAUUGUGGGAACCAGGAUGCUGCUGUAGAUGAAAUGCUGUUCUGAAUCUAAUUUCUCAGGGGACACAACUUACUCACACACUCUACUGUGAUAAAAAUGAACUGUCUUCUUCAUCAAAAAGAACUGGCAUAAGGUCCGUCUGACACAUAUCACGCAGAACUUUACUAAAAGUCUACUCAAUAUGGAUGUCUUGUAGCCUGUUGCCAAAUCCUACCACUGCUGCACAUCCAGCAGCACUUCUACAUGAUCACAUGACUCUUGAUAUGGACGCGGUCCUGUCAGACUUUGUUCGGUCCACAGGGGCAGAACCGGGUCUGGCAAGAGACUUGCUUGAAGGCAAAAAUUGGGAUUUGACUGCUGCCCUGAGUGACUAUGAGCAGCUUAGACAGGUUCAUACAGCCAAUCUGCCACAAGUGUUCAACGAAGGGAAGUAUCCCAAGCAGCAGCAGGAAACAGAUCCUUCCCAACAGGUGAACAAGAAUGAACGGCCAUCUCUUCAAAGACAAGAAGAUGUUGCUCAAGAAAAGAGGCUAUCUAGAGGAAUUUCCCAUGCCAGCUCAGCAAUAGUCUCCCUUGCUCGAUCACAUGUGGCCAGUGAAUGCAACAAUGAACAUUUCCCUCUGGAGAUGCCCAUCUACACAUUCCAGCUCCCUGAUCUUAGUGUUUACAGUGAAGACUUUAGGAGCUUCAUUGAGCGAGACUUGAUUGAGCAGGCAACCAUGGUUGCUCUGGAACAAGCUGGUCGUCUUAAUUGGUGGUCCACAGUCUGUACAAGCUGUAAACGCCUUCUCCCAUUGGCAACAACUGGUGAUGGAAACUGCCUGUUGCAUGCUGCUUCUCUAGGAAUGUGGGGGUUUCAUGACCGGGACCUUGUAUUACGGAAAGCACUUUACACAAUGAUGAGAAGUGGUGCAGAAAGGGAAGCCCUGAAGAGAAGGUGGAGGUGGCAGCAGACACAGCAGAAUAAAGAGUCAGGGUUAGUUUAUACAGAAGAAGAGUGGGAGCGGGAAUGGAAUGAACUGCUCAAACUGGCUUCAAGUGAACCACGCACACACUUCAGCAAAAAUGGAGGUACCGGUGGUGGAGUUGACAAUUCUGAAGAUCCAGUGUAUGAGAGCCUAGAAGAGUUCCAUGUUUUUGUACUGGCACAUAUCUUAAGGCGACCGAUAGUAGUUGUUGCAGACACAAUGUUACGAGACUCAGGAGGAGAAGCAUUUGCACCAAUUCCAUUUGGUGGAAUUUACUUGCCUUUGGAAGUCAUGCCUAACCGAUGUCAUUGCUCACCUCUAGUUCUUGCCUAUGAUCAAGCGCAUUUCUCUGCUCUUGUGUCCAUGGAGCAAAAAGAUCAACAGAGGGAACAAGCGGUGAUCCCUCUGACUGACUCUGAACACAAGUUACUACCUUUGCAUUUUGCGGUUGAUCCUGGGAAAGGCUGGGAGUGGGGGAAGGACGACGAUGAUAACUCCAAGCUGGCCAAUUUGAUUCUGUCUCUGGAGGCAAAGCUUAAUCUUCUGCACAGUUACAUGAAUGUUACCUGGAUACGCAUACCAUCGGAAACACGGGCUCCUCUGGCUCAGCCAGAAUCUCCUACUGCAUCAGCAGGAGAGGAUGUUCAGUCUCUGGCUGACUCCAUGGACUCCGACAGGGAUUCCAUCUGCAGUAAUUCUAAUGGCAGUAAUGGGAAAAAUGGGAAAGAGAAAGAAAAACAAAGGAAGGAUAAAGAAAAAAACCGGGCCGAUUCAGUGGCUAACAAACUUGGGAGUCUCAGUAAAACUCUAGGCAUCAAACUAAAGAAGAAUAUGGGUGGGCUUGGAGGACUAGUGCAUGGCAAAAUGAGCAGAGCAAAUUCGGGAAAUGGGAAAAAUGGGGAGAUCAUUGAGAAAGUUAAAGAAAAGAAGUCCAAGUCACGCAAAGGAAGCAAAGAGGAAUCAGGCCAGUCUGCAAGCACUUCCCCAUCUGAGAAGACAACCCCCUCUCCCACUGAGAAGGCAAGCAUCUCACCUGUUGAAAAAAUUAAUUCUAAGUCCCCUUCAGAUAAACAGUCAGACCCAUGGAAGUACAGUACUGAUGUGAAGCUGAGCCUCAACAUUUUGAGAGCUGCCAUGCAAGGGGAACGUAAGUUCAUUUUUGCUGGUCUCCUUUUGACCAGCCAUAGACAUCAGUUCCAUGAGGAGAUGAUUGGUUAUUACCUGACCAGUGCCCAAGAGCGCUUCAGUGCUGAACAGGAACAGAAAAGGAAAGAGGCUGAGAAGAAGGCUACUCUCAAUGGGUCGUCAUGCAGGAAACUGGAACAAGAAGUAUACCCUAAAGAGAAGUUGGAAUCCUCUCCUCAGGAAAGGGCAUCACCAGUCCUGCCUCAAAGCCAUACAACUCAACUGGUUUUAAAGUUUAAAGACCGCACUAGUCCCACACCAGGGACAUUUUCAUCACCUAGCAAUGGUGCCAAGAAAAGUGGACCCAUUCCAGUAUCUGCUCACUAUAGCCAUACGCCCCCCGUUCAGAGGCAAAGUGUCAUCCAUUUGCACGAUGUCAAUUCCAAGCCAUCAAGCUUCCAGGAUGAUACGUACAAGCCAGCCGUCGGCACCUUAAAAACAUGUGCCACAUAUCCCCAACAGAACCGGUCAUUGUCUUCACAGAGUUAUAGCCCAGCCCGGAUAGCAGGCAUCCGUACUGUCAACACAGUGGAGUCACUGACUUAUGCUAUGCCUACAGACCACAAGUCGCAAACAUAUACCAAUGGGUUUAAUACCAGUGACAUUAGAGACUGCUUGGAAUAUGCCGAUGAGGAUGCACCGCAAACCUGGUUGAACAAUGAUAAAAAUCGAGGCAAGAGCACAGAUUGCCCAAUAUAUUCAAUCCAGCAGAACCGCUGUCAGAAAGAGAACUGCUCUUUUUAUGGUCGCCCUGAGACUGAAAACUAUUGUUCCUACUGCUAUAAGGAGGAGCUAAAACGCAGGGAGAGAGAAAGUAAGGGCCACCGACAUUGAAGUCAGUGGAGCUGUUCCCGUGAAGAUUUAUUUCCCCCAUUUUCUUACUUGUAAAGUAUGGGGCAGUGGAUUAUAGAAUUAAGGAAAAGAGAAGCCCAUAGAGGGAUUUAUGGGAAGAAAGGUCUAGCUCUCCUUUGUUUCCCCCUGCAGCAAUGAAAAAAUAAGGAUUAAUUUAUCAUAAAGAGUUUAUUAUUUUCCAUUUUGUCAGUGUCUUUUUUACAUACACUGGUAAGCUGAAAGGUUGUUUACUCCUUUGUCAGUGCUGUGUAUAUGUGUGGUCAAAAUGUUACUAAUGGUGCCUGAAUUUACACUGACAUCACUCAGGUAGUAGAAAGAUAGGGAAAAAGUCAUAAUAACUGGAAAUGUGAUAUUGUAAUAAGAUUGUGUCUGCCUCAUUCUAUAGAGCCAUCUCAAUUGAAGAAAUGUAAUUUUUCCAUAGCUGUCCAUCCCCCCUUUAAAAUGAGAGGUGGGGAGGAAUAGUAAUUUGCAUACUAACAUACUAUUUUAGUACUGCUGUUUUCACCAUAGAUACACAAAUGGAAGUCUGGAUUCAUGAUCACAGCUUUUCUUACAGAACACAAAUUCUUGGGUGUAUUGAUGUAAGCAAACUCGAGUUUUGUAUUUGACAAUGUCCAAGGAUGAAAUGCUUAUUCUCAAAUAACAUAUCCAUGGUUAAAAAAAGGGAUAUCUGUUUUAUUGUUUAAAUGAGGCUCAAGCCCUCAUAGUUGAAAAUAAGCACUUUACCAUUUAACAGAGAUUGAAUUCUUGGAUGACAAAACAACUCCUGCAAUAACCCCAUUCAGUAUAAUCUACACUAUCAAGUCCUUGUAUCUCACUGAUCAUAUCGUUGCCUUGGUAGUUUUGAUCAGUUUAGCAAUACUGUUCAUUGGAAUCACAUUAUUUAGCUAUCAAUUCCUAGGAGAUUAUAGCGAGACUUCAUCUUUUCAUCAUUCACAUAGCCCAAUGUAGAGUUGCUACCACUUUGCAAAAAUUGCUACUGUUCAUUUGCACAUGAAUCAAUAUAUUAUGCACAUUUUUUUUUAAAAAAAUGCUCAUGGGCUUGUUUUUAUUUCCGAAUGUCUGCUCUCAAAUUUGGCCCUCGGAAAUGAGCACUUGAAAAUGAAGAGGAUGAAAUCUGAACACCAUUGAGCACUAUUUCAAAGACACAAAUAAAGCCAAGAUUGUUUAUAAUAUCCUUGGAAAUCAGCCAGAUAAUUUGGAUAAUCUCUAAAGUAGCCUUUGCCAACCUGUUACCCUUCAGAUGUUUUGGACUAGAGCUCCCAUGAGCCCCAGCCAGCAUGGACAUUGGCGGCUGCUCUAGGAUUUAUUGAACUGUUUUGGCAUAGCUCUAGUUAUGAAUGUAAUACCGAUAUCAAUACUAGAACUUCAGUUGGCAUUAGUAGAAACCUGUUUGCCUUCCUCCUCCCUCUAUUUUUUCCCAGCAAACCACUUGCAGCCAGAUUAGAUACCCAAUGGCAUGCUCCAUAAUUUAUUAGAGACCCCACAUGCACACACACCCUUCCGGUGUGCACUCUGCCUCGAUGACUGCUAUCAGUACCCAUGGAAGCUGUGAGAAUGGACUGUGGAACCAUCAAGAACCAUCAUAUCUUGAAUGCAGAGCAAUCCCGGUGUCAGCUGGCUGUCCCUUUGUCUUUGAUCAGAAUUAAACUUCUGUUUAUUCACCCUCAUCUAUUACAUUACUGAAGACCCUGUUACACCUGAUGAAAAGGGAAAGAAAUGUAACAGUAAUGGCACCACACCAAGCCCUCAAAGCAACCCUCACUCUUUUAUUAGGAAAGUUCAUGGCUCGGAGUAGCCUCUAUUUUUAGCCCUGCUCUUUAGUUCUUAAAUAAGUUCAGAAGACAUUCACUCAUGGCCACAUCCCAAUUUACAUUUUGUACUAGGUUCUGUGAUAAUUGUGACUAUUGUCUGUUGAGCAUUUGCACACACAUGAAAUUCCUGUUGUUGAACUAAACAGUGGUGGCAGCCACAAAUUGACUACAAAAUGAAGUGAGAAGUUCUAAAUAGUAUUUCUUAAGAAAAAAAAUUAAGUUGGGAACGGGAGGAGCCACACCAGUUUUACUGAAGAACAGCUCUUCGUGAAUCCAGCCUUGUAGUUCAUGUAUCUCUGAGAAGUCACACCACAAGAUUUUGCAAGCAUACGCACAGUGGCGCUGCUACCAAUCUGGUCUCCAUUCUGUUAUAAGAAGUCCACACAAGAAAGAGGAUCAGCUGCGUUAUUAGCACUGACUGGUUUUGCAGUCUUCUUGACCAGCUUUGCUAUUUAUUUCAAAGCAGAGGAAAAGGGCACCUUCCAAGUUCCUUCCUGGGGGACUCUUUCCUUGCCCUUUCAGUGCUUCCAGCUUAGAAUCAAGGCGCAAAACUGAUGCCGUGAGUGGCUGCUGUGUGGAUUAGAACACAGGUAGCCGUUGGUGUGGUUCACUCAUAAGAAUCUCAGAUAUUCCAGUUUUGUACAAUCUUGUGUCUUGUUAUGUUUUUGGUUAGUUGUGGUAAUUGCUCAUGUUUCUUUGGCCAAAGAUGGACAUACCUGUGAUUGUAUUUGUCAGAGAGAGAGGGGGAGAGAGAGAGAGAGAGAGUAAUCAGGAAUGAAUUUUUAAAAAGGUUUAAGAAAGUAAAUAUUAGUAAUUACUAAUGUGUUAGUGUAGGAAUAGCCGUUGAUGUGCCUAUGACUGCUUCUGUAGGUGAAGUUAGGCAUGAGAAAUUUGCUGUUAACAAUUUCUGCUUUUCCCUUUUGAUUCAAAUAUAUUAUCUGAUUGAAAAUCUUUUAAAAAAAACUGUCUUCACAAGGUAGUAUACUAUUUUUUUAAAAAGCAGUCAUCGGGAGACUAAAUUUUAACAAAUAGAAUAAUUUCAUAAUACUGACAGUCUGCUAUAUGAUUUUGAAAUAAUUAACAGAACUGAAUGAACAUAUGUUUUGCCAAUAUGAUAGAAGUGUUCUGAUCAAGUGCUCUGAUUAGCUGCUUGAAUCACUACCCUACCUAUCUGUCCAAAAGCUGUUUUCUGGCACCCAUGCUCUAAUCCUUGUUUAGGCCCUAAUCACAGAAAUACUUCACUAUGUAUCAUUUUGCUAUGGUGGGAUCCAAUCCUUCCUCUGUAAAAUUCUUAUUAGAUAGCAAACGAUUUCAGAUAAAUCAUAGCUUUGAAUGCCUCUUUCCACCCCCACAACUUCAUCUGCAAAAGUUAGAGAUGAGGCCAAUGCCAAAUUAAACCUGGAGUGAGAGGGCUCCAGAGUUCUGGGAGUUAGUGCCUGGCGUCUAAGUGAAGGGUCAAAGGAUAAGGGCAGAGGAUCAGGCUCUUAGUGUUUAUACCAGGUCUGGCCAAUCCAGAGGCUUCAUGCUACAACUGAAACUCAAGACAUCAGUGUUGCAUAUGCCUAUUCCCCUGUGUGACUGACUCAAGGGCUGAGUACAUACAGUCCAUGGUAGCUCACUUACUAGACUAGAUCUCAGACUCAAGACUUGUGCAGUUCUUGGUUCAAGCUUCCUGGGUCCAUGAAAACAGACACAACUCAAGCUGAAUGUGUACAUUCAAGUUGCUGUGAUCAGUUAAUGCAUUAUUACAUCUUGCAGCCAAAAAAUGGACCAAGUAGGAACUAACAAGAGGCAAUGAUCCUUUGAUUCCAUAGUCAGAUUGUCUAAUGGUUGUGCCAAGCAAAAAGUAAUUGGAAAUUAUAGUGAUCUCACCCUCAGUGAUUUUAGGGUUUUGUUCCCGUCUGUCUUUUCUGAAAGAGAGACAGUUACUUAGCUUCAAUAAAAACUAUACAAUUAUCAACUUCUUUCUUACUGUAAAUUAAGUGCUGCACCAGAUAUAUUUUUGCUGUGUUUUCAUCUUUAAAGGCCAAAACGUGUUUUACCUGAACUCACUCUCGUUCAUUCUCUCUCUCUCUCUCUCUCUCUCUCUCUCUCUCUCUCUCUCUCUCUCUCAAUAUAUAUAAACAUGACUGCUAUCUCAUUCAACUCAGAAUUUGUGCCAGUGAUUUGUGAGUUGGUCACUUGGUGGGUAACAAGUGGAUAUUGUAGACAAUUCAGUAUAUAAAGGGCUAAGUGUUUGUGGGUGGUUAAUUCCAAGUCAGGAAGGCAGGGCUGUGCAAAGACAAAUUCCAUUGUAGAUAUGAGAAUUUGGGGCUUGCAGCAGAGCUUCUUUUGCAAAAUAUGACACAAUUCUCUGGGACAUUCUCCUGCACAAGUCCUGUUGAAUUGAACAGGAGCCGCACCAGAGCACUUUGGUGCACUUGCCCAGCAACUUUUCAUUUCUUUGGGGCCUGUGUGCAAGAGGAACUACCAGUGGAUUGUGCCCUUUGCUUGGUAUAUGAGAAGUACAAAGCAUGGAACAGUGGUUGAAUGUAAUAAGUGUUGCUGUUCUGGGGUAAAGUGAUGUUUUUACAAAUGAGAAUAAAUGUUUUAUGGUUAAAAAUAAAUUAUAAUUACUCUGCUAAUAGGCAUCAGGAAAAAAUGUGUGUUGGGGAAAGAGUAGAAGGUUGUUUGUGUAAAUUGUUCACACCACUAAUCCAAAACUUGUUAAAGAAAAUAUGCAAAAUGUUUUACCUUUCUUUUGUCUGUGGAAUAAAGGGUCUAAGGAUUAUUAAGAAAAUGGUAUAUAAGCAUUCUCACACUUUGUAAUAAUACAUUUAAAAGUAGGAUAGAAAAGGGCUAAUGAAUGAAUAAAAUAUGAUACACUUGUGUUUCCAGAUAAGCUGUGUUGUGUGUUGUAGGUAGUUCUAAGCAGGUCUGCAGAAAGUUUUGCAUGUGGUCAUAAGGCACUGCAAGCAAACAUCUGGUCUUGGUAGCAAGAGCCUCUCUCUGCCACAACACUGCCCCAAGCCCAAUCAAUUACUCACUGCUGUUAUUUCAAGGCAAGGCCAGGGUGUAUUGUUGCUCUUCUGAAAUCCAAAGAUCAGGCAAACUCCUUUCAUUAGUACAAUAUGCAUUAUAAUGAGUGACAAAGCACCCCUUUCAGCUCAAAUCGGGUCCUCAGGGAAGUAUUGGUAUAAUGUGUGUCUUAGGCUGCAAUCCUACUCUUAUCUCCAUUGAACUUGAUGAAACUUUCAAUCAACAUGCUUAGGAUUGCACUGUUCCUUCUGUAUGUACACAAUCUCCAGCUCAUGCUUCUGGGCUCCUUCUUGCUCUGCACUUGGCUUCCCUUGAAAAUAGAUAUGCUUUGCCCAUUCCUGUGCUGCAAGAUGUUUGCUGAGCACAGCCAUAUCUUUCCUAAAAGUAAGAGGUACAAAAACUGAUCAAUAGCUAUGCAGGGAAAAUACUGUGUUCAGUCACACCCUUCUCUUCCCCCCCCCAGUCUAUUUUGUGCACUUAAGGUAAUGUGGAAGACAAUUUAAAUUAAUCUUUCCUCUGAAAAACAUGUGUUAAUAAUGAAUGGAGAUUUUAACCACCAAGAGGGUGAAGGACAUCACAGUGUUUUUAGAAGGUGCACAAUCCUUUCCCAAAGAGCUUACCACCAAGGCUGUUUCCUGCAAUUCUGUCCAGAAAAAGCACCAUGUGUUGUAUUGGACACAGAGUUCAGCUUCUUGAGAAUUUUAGCUUUCUCUUCCCCCCCCCCCACCUUUAUGGCAUAAAACUCUGUUGGCUAGUCCUGCUGAAAUUUCAGAAGCCAGAGAAGGAACUGUAUAGCUGUAUGUCCCUCACUGUGACUGACAAAACCAGAAAUACUUAUGCAAAAUAGUAAAACAAAUUACAAAUCAAAAGAAAUUGUGCAAAUUUGUUCGGUUUGCAUAAUGUAUACAAGAAGAAUUCAACGUUUCUGGAUGCGGAACUGAGAUUGUGUGGAUGCAGAAUUUUGAUCCUUUCAGCAUAGAGUACAUGCAGACAUAUAUAUCUAUAUAUACUAUAUAUAUACACACACACAUAAACUCUGUGUGUGUAAGUGACAAUGUUUGUACAAUCUGGGCCCAUCCUGUUUGGAAACAAACAGAACCAGACAGUUCCAAACAACCAGAAAUUUAUAUUGUUUUGAGUGUCAGGUCAGAGUCUGGAGUAAUGUCUUCAUAACAAAGGCACUAGAGGGCUGUAUCGUUUUUCAUGAUUGUCUUGGCUGCUUUCUCUGUCGUCAUACGGUAAGCAGCACAGUGUUUUUAACUACAUUGCCACCGUUGUCAUGGCAUUGCUCCAUUAUAAUGACCAUUGGACUGGAACAAUGACAAGCUGUUGCACGCUUAGUAAAUGGAGAAGAGCUCUUGUUCAGAAUAUAAGGCCCUCUAAUGGUAAAAUUUGCCCUAGGAACAAAGUUCUUCCCCCAUAGGAGCACUCAUUUAAGACAGAUAGGAGGUUUGCCUUUUAUCAAUUGAUGUUGAUUCCAUUCUCUCCCCACUCCACCCCCCCUCAAAAAAUAAUACAUUUCUAUUUCCAAAAAUUGAGAAUGUGUUUUAUUCAAAGUUUAUAAAUUGUAUCGUGAAAUAAUUGGUUAUAGUGGGGAGUGGCAGAUUACAUCCUUGCCCUUGUAUGGAGAUGCAAAUGUUCUUGUGAUGGUAGAGCUCGAGUGGAAAAAUAAUCGCUGACCUUGAUUGUAAGAAGCUUUUCAGCUCAGACCACAUUGAAAUCUUUUGCAGUGUACUUUUAUUUGAAGGUAUGGAAAACAUUGUAGUACUAUUGCCAAUAGAACAUGGUAUAAAAUUUAAAUGGCUUCAGUAACUUGUUUGCACAUUUGCUUUUUUGUGUACAUGCUUCUUUUUUAAACAAAGAAAACAAUAGUCAGCAGGAUAUUUAUAUAUAUCCCAUAAAGAAAGGUGUUUGUAAGUGUAUUCUGUUUGUGUAACCAUAAAUGGCUG